AUGCCGGAUGACGUCAUGGAUCGGAUUUUGGGAAAUGUUGGCAUGGAGGAGGUCUUCUCCCUUCGUAAAGUGUGCCGCCGACUCCGCAAACAACUAGACCGUGUGGUUCCAGACAUCCGAUUGACCCAACUACACCUAUCCAUCUGUCAGGAGCAAGUGGAGCUUGGUUAUGACAGCGACAGGGUUACCUACCUAAAACUUGGACCGAAUUGUAUGAUUUGGCAGGACACCGCCCAAGAAAAUGGUACCUCGAUGAGAAAGAAGAAAUCGCGAAAAAUUCUUGUCGAUGAGGACUAUUUCCAUAUGUUUUUGGAGGAUCUUCAACUAAUUCUGAAGCAUCAGAAGGCAACUUUAGAUGUCUUGAAUGUUGUGGUGUCGGAAGAGUUGACUGACAAAGUGGCACCGAUUCUGGGAAGGAUUCUGAAGCAGAAUCCACACCCGUUGGCUGUCAAUACACUGUUACUGGAUAUUGACACCGAGGCGGACGUGCUCCAGAUGCUGCCCCACGUCAACGAAGACGUCAUUAAAGUUCUGGAGCUCACCAACCCUCGUACUGAUAUCCAGGAAUUCCCGUUGUACACCGGCGAACUGCGGAAAUUGGCGGUUUGGAAGAAGUUGGAGGAGUUGAGGACUCGGAAUAUCGCUGUGAUGGGGAAACCGUAUUUGUUGGGUCAUUUUCAGAGGGCGAAUGUGGUUGUGGACCAGAUUCGAGAUGAUGAUGUCAGGUAUUUGAAAAAUGUUCUCAUCAAAUCUCCUUACUUCCAAUACUUCCACCUCAAAUAUCUUCAAUUCGACGGAGCCGAUCAACUGUUCUCUAAUCUCUUCUUCACCGGAGUGCCUCCCUCAUUCGAAACCAUCAACGACGUGCCACACUACCUCUAUCGAAUGCCCGACACCACUCAAUUCCUGUCAAUUACUCAUCACAUGGAGGAGAUGACGAUUUCGUUCGGAAAAAUUGAUGCGAGUGUGAUUCAGAAGAUCAGGGAGAGCAGAAAUAAGUUAUAA